CAGCGCAGGACGGGGCGCUUCGUAGGGCGCCGAGGGAAGGUCAAAUGGCGGCGCUGCUGGGCGGGCUGCCCUUUUUGGGCUCCGCGGCCGGCAGGCAACUUUUGCCUGUUCCCACACUCAGUGCAACUGUAGUAAGAUUUGCAUCCAAAAAAAGCGGAGGCAGCACCAAAAAUCGUGGAGGGAACAGACCUGGGAAAAGAUACGGCUUCAAAAAAUUAGAUGGACAAUUUGUUCAUGCAGGCAACAUAUUGGCCACCCAGCGUGUGAUUCGGUGGCAUCCGGGAGCUCACGUGGGGAUGGGCUUCAACAAAUGGUUGUAUGCUCUUGAAGAUGGAAUUGUGAGGUUCACUAAAGAAGUCUAUGUACCUCCUGCCCGCGGCAAGGAAAGCCGAGAAGUGAUCUGCCGGUUGCCCAAAGGAGCUGUGCUAUAUAAAACUUUCAUCAACGUUGUUCCUACCGGAGAAGUGGGAAGUUUUAAGUUGAUCACCAUGAUCUGAGAGCUAGUUCUGAAUGACUUUUGUUUAGUCCUCUGCAGCUGGGAAUGAAACAAUAUUUGGAGCAACUAUAGCAUAUCAUACAGAGAUAUGCUUUUAACACACAGCUCUGAUGUGAUGCUGAUGAAAGAUAGUAUUUUUUUUCCAAAACACAACAGUAGUACUACUGCUGCUUACUUCAGAGGAACUAUCUCGAGCUAAUUCUUUACUCUUGGGGUAAAAGCAGAUGCUGGAGGUAGGUUUCCAAUUUAAGAGUGUCCUUAAGCAUUCUCAGCAGAUUUUGUAACCAGCAUGUCUACCUACAGACAUAUGAAAUUAUUUCUUCCCAACUUUAGCGCGUCACAAUUUGUACACAUUGUAAUAUCAUUAUUUGUACAUUAUGCCAGUGUAUGCACACAAUAAACUUUUGCAGUGUUGCCUGCUAUGUACCAAACAGAUGUGCAGCUGCUAUAGAUGCAGUCUAGCAGGAAGUUCCUAUCCCAGCUUAAUCCUUAUCCAAUGUGUCAAAGUAGUAAUCAGUUUACACAGCGUUUUUAUACAUAAUGAAAUUUCUUUGGUGUUGGCUUGGCUUAGUGCAUCGUGUGGAUCCAGCCAGGUGGUUUGAAAACCAUAGAUUAUGGCAUUACAUGUGAACCAUAGUUAUUACUUAGAACCAAGUAUGGUUUCAGUCCCAGUUAUAUAGCAUAUGACUAUUUGGGAAACUUUUAUAACAAUACAUAAUUCAAACUUUAUUGCAUUAAAAGGAGGAAGCAAGAUUACUUGAUUGUUUAGACUAAUUGCAAAUUUGGCUUAUGGUACCUGGGUGGAACUUGGUCUCUAGAUAAUUUUUCUGUUAAAGACUCAUUACUUUGAAAUUAUUUUACAGUGGUGACUGUCUUGCCGCUAUUAAAAAAAAAAUCAUGUCCUUAAUAUAUGACAUUGCAAUUCCAGACCUUGGAUAUAUUUCUUUGUCACUGUGACCAACUGAAACAGGUGACCUGAGAAACGGUCCACAGCAUAGCAUAAAGUAGACAAUCAAAAUUAUAGAAGGGAUGGGAUGAAAUUCCAUGGCAAGGUCUUUGUUUCAGCUUGCUUUCUCCCGUGAAAUCUGAAAACUUUAAUGCCUGUGUCUUCAGGCAGCCACAUACAGUUCUAGUGCUUAGGUGACAACCUUCCUUGACCUUGACCAUUAGCCACAUUUGCUGGAGCCUAAGAAGUUAAGAGUUUAAACAUCUGAAGAGUGCAAGGGUGCCCGUUCCUUUCCAAAUCACACUAUUCAGCCAGUCUCAUACUUUGUUGGCCCCUGCUUUUUGGAUUGAAAAAAAUGUAUAUUGUAAAUUUAGGGCUUGUCUUCACUGGGAAAAUAGUCGGUCUAAUCAGCCUGUACUGUACAUACUUAGAAUAUGAAAUGCAAUAGUGCUAGCUUUCAUAUGCAUUACAGGCACAUUUUUUUUUUCAUGUUUCAUUGACAAAUGCACAAUCAUCAGAUUCACAUGUCCCACUGAUCCCAAAGCAAACAAGCCGCAUUUUGACGGUGUUCUGAGAACUCAAUCAGUGAAUGCCAUGGCUAACACUAGAUGAGGUGAGUUGUUUUAGCAGAUUUGCUUCUCAAGAUCUGACGUAAAAAUAAGUCUGGCUGACUUCACAUAUCCCAACAAGCCAAAAUGUGAUUAUUCAAUAGUUCACGGUGACUGGCUUCAUGUUCCAAUCUGAGUUGAAGCUCUUUUAUAGCUUUAUGCAGUGUGUGAAGCCAGCAAACUGGAGGCCCAUUGGUGCUAGCAAUGUCCACACCCUAAUCGCCAUCACUUCCUUCUGUUUUUUACCUACAGAUACGUAGCUGUAGUUCUAACUAAAGUUCAAGUAAAUCAUUCAACAGGCUAUGGAACUCAAGACAGUAAUUAGCUGUAUAAAUACAGCAUGCUAAGCCGCAGUGUGAUUUCUUUGGUUUUGGCUAAUUGGGUCAUGGCCUGUUCCAACAAACCAUGGGUAAAACAAAGGUUUCAUGUAAUGUAUGAACCAAGCUGUUAAAGGAAAGCCUACUUGCCUUUAAAUGUGAAAUACAGUAGUACAAGUACACUGUUGGGGGGGAAGGUGUUAGGAGCACAGAAACAUAAAUUUACUAAAGCUACCUUUUUAUGUGUUAGCCAUAUAAAGUGUUACAUCAACUGUCCUUAAAAUAAAACCUGAAUACAAAU